AUGAGCAGAGCAUCUACAGCGGUGAAAUGGAAAAGAAAAGUCGACGAUGAAAAAUUUGCUUUGGGUCGAAGGGGAAUCCUGGUCUUCUUCACUUUGUCAGUUCUCACCUUGAUGGCCGCUUUGGAUGGAACUUCGCUAUCUGUCGCCCUACCUGAAAUUGCAAAAGAACUCGAUGGAACGGCCAUCGAGGCAUUCUGGAGUGGAACUUCAUUCCUGCUAUGCUCAACAGUAUUCCAACCAAGUUUCGCCUCCUUCUCGAAUAUUUUCGGCCGUCGUCCUUUGAUCCUCAUCUCCCUGGUAUUCUUCAGUGUUGGCGCCAUACUCGCAGCAAUCGCCAACGAUUUUACCUAUAUGUUGAUCGGCCGAUCCAUCCAAGGUGUCGGCGGAGGUGGCAUUAUAUCCCUAAGUGAGGUCAUCAUAACGGACCUUGUCCCUCUACGAUGGAGAGGUCAGUACUUCGGUAUCCUCAGUGCAAUGUGGAGUGUUGGAUCCGUGACGGGGCCUAUCCUUGGUGGUGGAUUCUCCGAAAAGGUGUCCUGGAGAUGGAUCUUCUAUAUCAACUUCCCAUUCAUCGGAGUCGGCGGGAUUCUCGUGAUCCUAUUCUUGAGUCUUAAGCUUGCACCCAGUUCGUUAGGCGAGAAGCUCCGCCGGAUCGAUUACUUCGGUACCGUAUUAUUCAUUGGAAGCAUGUCGUCCUUCUUGAUUCCCCUCAGUUGGGGUGGUGUUUCAUAUGACUGGGACUCGUGGCAUACACUCGUACCUCUUUGUGUCGGCGGUGUCGGACUCGUCGUUUUCGGAUUCUACGAGACCUAUUAUGCCUCCGAUCCUAUCGUGCCGCCUGUGAUAUUCCAGAACCGAACGGCAGUAGCUUCGUUUAUUGGGAGUGUUUUGCAGGGGUUGAUCCUAUGGUGUUCCCUCUAUUAUCUCCCUCUGUAUUAUGAGGCAGUGAAGGAGUACAGCCCCAUUAUCUCCGGUGUUGCUCUAUUCCCUGAGACAUUUACUGUGGCUCCGAGUGGGAUGAUAGCUGGCGUCCUGAUUACGGCGACAGGCCGUUAUCGAUGGGCUAUCUGGAUCGGAUGGGUUCUUUCAACUGCCGGACUGGGCUUGAUGUGUCUGAUCAAGGUGAACACCAGUAUGGUCGGAUGGAUCUUCCUCAACAUCGUGCCCGGCCUUGGGUUGGGUAUCCUUUUCCCGUCUCUUGGGUAUGCAGUGCAGGCCUCAGCGGACCCCGAGAACCUCGCUAUUGCGGUUGCCAUGUUUAGUUUCUUCCGUGCUCUUGGUCAAGCUAUUGGCGUUGCUGUCGGUGGUGUUGUCUUCCAGAACCGCAUGUUUACCAAUAUCUCAAGGUAUCCUGCUCUGGCUCCUAUGGCUGAUGCGUACAGCAAGGAUGCCGCAGGUUUGGUUCAAGUUAUCAAGGCGAUGGCGGGUGGUGCCGACAAGGCCAAUCUCAAGGAAGCGUAUACGGACAGUCUACGCACAGUGUGGAUGGUCUGCUGUGCGGUCUCGGGUGUUGCGAUGGUGGUCAGCCUCUUGACUGAACAUUAUGAUCUUGACCGUGCAUUGGAGACAAACCAAGGGCUUCUUGAUUCUUACGACGAUGAGUCUAUUAACAGUCUGAAGGACUUCGAGAUGCAGACGGAGCGAAGAAUUGUCGCAGAGCCUCGACCUUGGGCGUGGUAG